AUGCAGGAGGGCGGCGCCCAGGAGGGCAGCGCCCGGGAGGGCGGCGCCGGGGAGGUCGAGCCGCAGCCGCCAGGGCCGCCGCCGCGCGAGGCCGAGUGGCGGCCCCUGUGCGAGCGGCCGCGGCUGUUCCACUGCAGGGACUUCCUCACGCCCGAGGAGUGCGAGGCCGUCGUCCUGGGCGCGCGAGCGGCGGCCCCGCAGAGCCUCGGCGUGGAGGGCCAGGCCAAGCUGCGGGUGGACCUCCGCGAGACGAGCCCGGCGCCCCCCGGGCGCCCAGACGCCGCGGUGCUGCGGAGCGUCAGCCGCAGGGUGGCCGCGCUCACCGGGGAGGAGCGGCGCAUGUCCCUUGGCCUGCACGUGGACACCAAUAACUGCCGUGACAGGCGCUUCGUCACCUUCCUGAUUUACCUGAGGACCACCCCGGCGAGCCACGGCGGCCACACGGUGUUCCCCCUGGCGGUGCGGCCGGGCCGUCCAGAGCCACGCGGCAGGCGGGCGCAGCGCCUGCUGCGCGCGGGCGAGGUGCUCCUCGCUGCCGGCGUGCAGCACACGGGCUCGGGCGCCAAUCCGAACCUGGGCCCAGAGGUGCUCGACGCCACGGGCCUGCUGCUGGCCCACGCGGAGGGCCUCGCGCGGCGCGCCGCGGGCCUGGAGGGGCCGGUCUGGGAGCCCUGCGGCGUGGGGCUCGCGGUGCCCCCCGAGCGCGGCAGCUGCGUGGCCUUCUUCACCAGGUCCGACGCCGUCGGCGGGGCGGUGGACCCGCGCUCCUGGCACGGCGGCGCCGCGGUCGCUGCCGGCGGCAAGUGGACGCUCCAGAAGUUCAGAGAGGCGCCCGCGGAGAAGAUCCGCCGCUGCUGCAUCGAGUCCUUCGCCGCGCAGCACGCCUCGCUGCGCCCCGGCUGUG